AUGGCUGGCGGGGCAGCCACCUCUGCUGGCGUCAGUCAGGGAAGUGGUUCCAAUGGUGAUGAUGCGACGGCCAUAAGUCCAUAUGAGACAAACCCGGAUAAUAUACCGCAAGACGACCCCUUCCUCAAGCAAAGCCCUCAUUACGGUCGUUACGCUCCGCGAGACGAUGAUUUCAAACCCCGCUACGAUCAUUGGUGGCAAUCGGACCCCGAUGCGAUCUCGCAUUGGGAGAAUAUAGUGAAAGAGAAUCUGAGUCCAGAGAACUCUUUGAAUUUGCAAGAGGGCCGCCAGGCUUAUUCUGUUGGCAGUGUGAUAAUCCGAGUUGACAAGGACGAUGUGGUCGACACAACAGCUGAAAGGUACUCUUGCGCUAAUGCGAAUGAAUUGAGCGCUGCAAGAAAAGCAGAGGAUGCUCUUAAAGCACUUGACAUUACGGUUCCGGUAAUACAUUUUUGUGGGACAGUUGAUGGGAAUAAUGUCACCGUGGAGUCCAGAAUUCCUGGUGUUUCUCUAGAGGUCGCCUGGAGGUAUCUUAGCACCGAGCAGAUCAAUAAGUUCAAGCAAGAAUGCCGUCAGAUCCUCGAGCACAUGGCAAGCAUUGAUCCUGCCCCGAAUAGCCCGUCGUACGUUUGCAGUGGACUCAACUCUCAGCUACCGCCCGAGAUACAGGAGAUGGAGAAAGAUGUGCUGUUCCAAGAGAAAAUGGAAGAUGAAAUACUGUGUCUAGUACACAACAACAUGACUCCUUCCAAUAUAAUCGUCAACGAUGACCGAGUCGUGGGCAUCAUUGGUUGGCGACACAGCGGAUAUUUUGGGUUCCGAAGGGCAAACACGAUACACCGACGGUUCAGAAUGCCCACAUGGUCUUCACUAGAGGCGGCUGGUGGCAAUGUUGAAGCAUGGGCUGAUAUUUAUGAGAACCUUUUGAACGCAAAAGUGGGCUCCAAGCUGGAGGCGAGUCAAGAUACACCAGGGCCACAAGUUAAAACGGAACCAUCACUUGUGACUUUGGACAAGGUUCCUGAAAGCGAUGAAAUCGACAACAAAUCUAUAUCAUCUCAGAUUGAUGGCGUAAACACGCCUGGGGAGCACCCGACACCCAAAAAGAUUGCUGAUCUAAAACAUGGACGAGGCUCGCGAGCCUCGUCGUCUGAUCGGUCAUCGCCUGCCAAUUCUGUGAAAGCCGCCUCAGGUAGGAAAUCAACACCCGGUGGUGCAAAGAAAGGUACGGCAAAGAAGUCGACUGCCAAAAAGCGCAAAAUUACCGAAGAAGAUACCGAAAGUGUUGAUGGCCAUCAGUCCAACACCCCUUCCUCCCGCACCAGCAAAACCCCGGGCGUGAAGAAGCAGGGCUCUGCAUCUGUAGCGGGUUCUCCAGCACCGGAAAGCAGGACGAAGAGGAAGAAAGGUGCCAAGAAGAGAAAGGCCCCGAAAAAAGCUGCGGCGAAAGAAGAGGAGCACGAAGAAGAGGAAGAAGAAGAAGCUUCAACAGAUGAAAACGAAUUGUUCUGUAUCUGCCGUAAGCCUGAUAAUCAUACAUGGAUGAUUGCCUGUGAUGGCGAGUGCGACGACUGGUUUCAUGGAAAGUGUGUGAACAUCGAUCCGAAAGAUGCUGACUUAAUUGACAAGUAUAUAUGUGAGUCUCUCUCGUCUGGCUUUUACUCUGCUGCUAUCAUGCCCGUGUUGCCUCUUGCGAUAAUAGUUUUUCGCUAA